UCUCUAUCUCAUCAAUUUCUCUCACUAAAAAUGGCCAUUGAAAAUGGCACCAAAGCUGAGACAGUGCUGCAAAUGACAGAGCCAAACAAAAGAUAUAAAUGGAUGAAAAUAGUGUUAUUGCUACUGAGGCUUGCAAUAAUAAUGUCAACAUUAACAGCAGCACUUGUUAUGGGAAGCAACAAGCAAUCAAUUAGCAGAGCAGUGGCCAUUGUUGGAACCACCACCAUCUUCCAAACCUACACUGCAAAUUUCCACCAAAUUCCUGCCUUUGUGUUUUUUAUUGUAGCUAAUGCAAUAGGUGGCUUCUACAACUUGGUGGCAAUUGCUCUUGGAUUUUCAUUUAGUCAUUGGAAGGCAUUUCAUGUUGGAAUGAAGCUCAUGGACUUGGCCAUUUUUGCCCUGGUGGCCACCGGCGCUGCUGCUGCUACAUCAAUGGCGGAGCUUGGCAAAAAUGGUAAUUUUAGUGCAAGAUGGAGCCCAAUUUGCGACCGUUUUGGUCAAUUCUGCGUCCGUGGGGGUUUGGCCAUCGUCGCCUCCUUAAUUGGAGCUUUGCUGCUUAUGAUUCUUAAUGCUGUUUCAGCCAUCUCGUAUUUGUAUAGUUAAGUGCCAAAUUAUGAUUAAUUAAUUAAUUAAUCUUCAUUAUCAUUGUUAAUUACUUUCAUUGUUGUUUGUUAUUUCUUCUUUCAAGUUUGUGUGCAUGAA